UGUCCAUCGCUGCUUCUCUGACAAGGAAAUGAGGAGGGGUUUGUGUGACAGAGAGAGAGAGAGAGAAAGAGGAGGAGGAAGAGGAGAGAGAGGGGGGCCGGCCUUGGUGUGAUGUGAAUGGAAUCGAAUCAGCGCAAGAGGGGAGGAAGCCCAGCACAAAUCAACCUGCUUCUUGACUUAAGAACAGACUGACACAGAGAGGCACCGGCUCAGAUCUGCAAAAGCGCGUGUCCCGACUUCCUUUUUCGUCACUAUUGUUAUUAUUUCAGGAGGAACCAAAGCCUGGAGGAACUGAAGAAAAACUCACGGUGGAGAUAGAAAAGCAGAAAAAUGCUGUCAUGGGGAGAGCAGGGGAGGGAGCUGACAAUGAGGAACAGGAUGGAUCUUGGCAGGGUCGACCGGAGCUAAAAUGUGGAGCUUGCACCACUGCACCUGCUCAUAAGGCUGCAAGCCAAAGAGAGUGAACAGAUAGCACAGAUGCAUGAGAACGGGCAGCAGACAGGAAGACACAUCUGAUUGAGAGCUGCUAAGGGUUUCGACUUUAGUUGUUUGACGUCAGUUUUGGUUAGUACCAGGCAAAGAUAGACACUAGCUGAAGUAAACAAAACAGAAAGCUGGUGGCCAGAGGACAAAAGGAGAGCUGCAGUGCACACAAAUGGACCCCACAUCAUGUUUGAUACAGACAGAGCCUCUCCUGCUCAGAGGGUAGGGAAGACACAUGCUCAAUGAUGACAAGCUCCUGGAAAAGUAUUUCUCCCCUGCACAUAUGCACGGCUGCGGGACUCCUGCUUUGAGUAACACCUCCAAACUUUUUAAUUUUCACUUUCAAACUCAAUACUUUCAAGUCAGGAUUUCAGUCACAGAGGCUUUAGUGAUUUAAGUGGUGUGAAAAGGCUCUAUAUCCGUCUCACGCUGAGGUUGUUGCACUGUGCAUUCCCAUUUUACAGCCGCACCUUAGAGACAGUGAAAGUAUCAGGAAUUAAGUCUGGAGUCAGAUUCACAGGCACAAUGCAGUCAGAUGACCUCUUCAUUCGCAAGUUCCGCCGCCAAAAUGUGCGCCCCCCCAUUGCGACUGUGAACUUUGACCCCAAGAGGGAUGCGGGCGUGGUGGAGUGGCCUCCCAGGAGGGAAGGCAACGGGACAGAGGCAGACAGUCUUACCCCAAGUCGAGUGGGGUUAAACCUGAGAGCUGUGGGCAGAGGACACAUCAUGCAGAGGAGUAACAGCGAUGUGACGUUAGGGGACUUGGACUCAUCUGGGAAGGCAGGGGGCAAAGCGGUGCGGGUGGAGAAGGUGGGUGCAGGGGCACAGGGUGAUUCGGGUUUGCUGCACAGAGAGUACGGCAGUCUGUCCUCUCUGGAGAGACAGACGCAGACCCCCGAAUCCAACACAGAGGAGCAGGGCCCACUCAGUCCAAACGAGCUGCGCUUUAAAGACCCCUUUCUGCUCUUAGGGCUCCAGGGCAACCCGCCAGAGCCCGAUGGGUUCUUUAAAGGCAUCACUGCAUCAACAGGAGAGUCCCCUAAACCAGCUAAGCCUCCAAAACCAGAAGGUCUCACAAAGAAGGCCAAGCUCACACCUGUACCACAGCAUGCGUCAUGUGACAUUGGCGGGGGGGCCUGGGUGAGAAACUUUGCCCAUUACGAUGUUCAGAGCAUCCUGUUUGACCUCACAGAAGCAGCCACUAACAGAGACAGCAUCGGCCGCAAAAAGAACAUCACAUCUGGAGCUUCUGCCGCCUCUCAGCUCCGACCGCUGUCCCAGGGCAGCUCAUCCUCUCUGUCACAGGGGGGGAAUGCUAAUGGGGCCAAUGUUGACGAUCCAGAACAGUCACUACUGUUGGAUGAAGGCGACGGUAAUGACAAUGAGCUGCUCUUGAGCUGCCCACAUUUCCGUAAUGAGACUGGGGGGGAGGAGCAGGUGGGGCUGGGCCGGUCCCAGGGCAGGCAGAGGCCAUGGUCCAGUUUGAGGACCCCCAAUGAUGCUGUGUCUGUCCUGGAGGAGCCCCGAGAGAGCAACGUCCAGCAGCAGGGCAAGAGCAACUACUUCAUAGAGCACGCAGACCUGGGUGCCCACUACUAUCGCAAAUACUUCUACAUGAAAGAGCAUCAAAACUUCUUUGGGAUGGAUGACCGUCUGGGCCCUGUGGCUAUUAGUUUCCGGCGUGAGGAGAAGGAGGGGUCCAGUGGAGCUCAGUACAAUUACAGAAUCAUCUUCCGCACCACAGAGAUGAAGACACUGAGGGGCUCUAUCCUGGAGGAGUCUGUCCCCUCAGCUGCGCGUCACACCACCCCCAGAGGCUUAUCUCCCAAAAGGCUGCUGGAGUUCAUCAUGCCUGAACUCAACCUGCACUGUCUGCGCCUUGCCUCUAACUCGCCCAAAGUCAGAGACACGCUACUCAAACUCGAUGAACAAGGGCUGAAUUUCCAACGUAAAGUCGGCAUCAUGUACUGCAGAUCAGGGCAGAGCUCAGAAGAAGACAUGUACAACAAUGAGAGUUCAGGGCCAGCUUUCGAGGAGUUCCUGGACCUGCUGGGAGAGCGGGUGCGGCUCAAAGGCUGGGAGAAAUACCGUGCUCAACUGGACAACAAGACGGAUUCAACUGGAACACACUCACUCUACACACGGUACCAGGACUACGAGAUUAUGUUCCAUGUGUCCACCAUGCUGCCCUACACAUCCAAUAACACACAACAGCUGCUGAGGAAGAGGCACAUCGGGAACGACAUUGUGACAAUCGUGUUCCAGGAACCUGGUGCUUUGCCCUUCACCCCCAAAUCCAUCCGCUCCCAUUUUCAGCACGUCUUUAUCAUUGUCCAGGUCCAUGAGCCCUGCACGGAAAACACCUACUAUAGGGUGGCUGUGACACGCUCUAAAGACAUGCCAUUAUUUGGCCCGCUGUUCCCCAAAGGCGCACGCUUCCCUCGAUCUUCCGCCUUCCGUGACUUCCUCCUGGCAAAGGCAGUGAAUGCCGAAAACGCUGCUGAGAAGUCGGAGAAGUUUAGAUCCAUGGCCACCAGGACACGACAAGAAUACCUCAAAGAUCUAGCAGAGAAUUAUGUCACCACCACACCUAUUGAUUCAUCCACCAAGUUCCCUCUGCUUUCUCUUGGGGGCAAACGAAAAGACAAGCAGAAAGGGGCCAAAGGCGCAGAGUUACACAGCGCUGGAGCCCUGGUCUGGGCAGUUAUGGUCAGCAGUGGGGAUGAAGGAGAGGCAGGGGAACAUAGGUUGUCCUGUUUGCUGGGGGUGUCUGCAGAGUCAGUAGUUCUCAUAGAAAGGUGCACAAGAAGAGUGGUGUUCAACUGUUCCUGUCGAGACGUGAUUGGCUGGAAGGCAGUGACUGAAGUGAAAGAUGGGGGUCCAAGUUUGGAUAUCUUCUAUGAGCGAGGGGAGUCGGUGUCCAUGAGUGUCCCGGAGGUGCAGGUGGAGGACAUAAAGGAGGUGGUGCAGAGACUGGAGCUGGUGACCCGUGGCUGUGAGGCUCUCGAGGUCACCCCCCUGCGUGAUGGCGUGGGUCAGCCUGGUUUCCUGAUGAACGAGGAGGGCUUUGUCACGGAACUGCAGCGCUUCUGUUAUGCAGAGAGUGGUGGUCUGCAGCUGUGGGCUCGAGUGGUCCGUCUGUGCGGUCACUCUUUAGUUUAUCUGACUCCUGAGGAGAGGACCAGGCUGCUCCGGACCGCGCACAAAAUCCACAUCACUGUUAUCCCGCCAGAUGAGAAUGGAAAGCCUCGCAGGAGUUUCUCAGAGCUCUAUCAGAAGGCCAUCAUGGAUGCUGAGUGUAAAACAGGAGAGAAUCAAUCUGGAGAGGCCUGGGUUCUGGACGAGAGGGAGGAGGCAGAGGAGGAGGAUAGGGUCACCCAAAUGGACAUCACUGAGGCAGAUGCAGGAAAUACAAACAAACAGCCCAGCAACAAAACACAAAGUGAAAAAAGUGAAGAAUCACUCCUCAUGCUGCCCAGUUUACCUUUGUUACGGGCAACAUCGCUGCAGGACCAACCGGCCAAUCAGAGCCAAGAUGAGUCCUGCACACAGCUCACACGUAGCUUCUCAUUGGAGAGACAGCCUUCUUUCAAAGACACUUGUGAUGGUGAUGUGUAUGAUAACGAGCCUCUGAAGAUGGACCACCACAUCUAUGAGAACGUGGGAGAGCUGAGAGAUGCCACUCCUGAUCUGAUCCUGGCCGUCAAACCUAAAGUCCCCUUGGAGGAGGAGCAGUUCCUGGGGACUGACUUUGGAGAUGAUAAAGCCUCUGCCAGUGACGGUUCUCUUACACGGAUGUCAUGCAUCGAUCGAGCCGAAAGAAAUUCACGAGCCCUGAGUCUUCAUAAUUCCAUCACGAAAAUCCUCUCAGAGACGACAGACUCCACUGAAGAGGAGUGGCAGUCCAUCGCAGACCUGGCUACAGCCUGCCGCAGCAUCCUGGAGGCUCUGUCACGAGAGGAUCGUAAAGGUAGUGAUUCAUCGCAGUCAGGGGAUCAAGCAGAUGGAAAACAAAGGGACUCAAAGGAUAGUGACUCUCCAGGCCACCUGGAGGAGAAGGUGUCACAGCUUGAGUCCAUGCUGAAGAAGCUGCAGGACGACCUGCAAAAGGAGAAGGAGGACAAGGCCGUGCUGCAGGCCGAGGUGCAGAGCCUCAGACAGAACAACCAGAGGCUGCAGGAGGAGUCUCAGAGCACAGUGGCCCGCCUCAUCAAAGUCACCGAGCUGCUGUGCAACGUCAACAAGCCCUGUUAGCCGCUGUUAGCCACAUGUGCCAAUCAGAAACAUGCAAAACAACAGCAGUCUCCACAGAGACUGUGUGUAAUGGUUGGACACAUACAAACCCUCAGUGUGUUCUUUUAAUACCCUGAACCUGGACCUGCCAGUCGGCGGGAAGUAUGCAAAUCUGUUUUAAAGACAAUGAGACAUUGUGACCUUCAUGGACUGACCACUGUGCAGCUGUGCGCUGCAGUAUGCUCUGUCCGAGUGCUUCUCUUAGUAAGUGUGUGUACGAGCGAAUGUGCAUCUCAUACUGUAACUGCUUCAAAUACUUGACCAAGCUGGGCCCAUUAGCACUUGCAGAAAAUGUGGUGAUUAAGACACUGUACAGCAUGUGUGGUGGUGUCUUUUGAAAUGACCAAAAGUGUAUAUAGACAUACAGUAUAUCUAAGAAAAUAUAUGUGAAGAGUGCAUAGUGUUGGUUUGUCCUGUGGUGGGACUUGAAUUUAAAAUCAUGGGCAUCAGUGUGUGAGGAUGUAGUAAUGCUACUGACUGGGCUCAGAGUGAGCUCUGGUACAGAUCUCUGCCCUGUGUGUCAAAGAGUACUGUAUUUAACUGGACUUUUAGGGAUACAUUUUAAAAAAAUCCAGAGAAUAAGGGAUGUAACUGGACGCAUGUUUUUAUCCAGCAACGUCUCCUGUGGACACAGAUGAUAAUAGCAGGAUCGCCUGUAGCUGUUUAAACCUCACUAUUGUAGCAGCCAUACUGUAGAGAUCUGCUGGCCUGAACCACAGACAUGCCACUAGGCAGCUUUUCCCUCUGCUGGCACAUAGCUUUAGGUGUUUAACUGCAACACCUAGGACUGAUAGUGAAAUUCAGAUUAUUUAUUUAACUGUUUGGCGAGUGUCUCUAGUGAUGUGUGGUAGCACUGAGGGCAAAUCUCUUACCACCCCAAAAUGUGUGUUGUUGUGUGUGUUUAAUGUAAUUUCUGCACUUUUUGUAAACGCUGGACUGGCCACUUUUUGUUGAACUUAUAUUUAGGAUUGUCCAGGUAACUGCUUAAUACAGCGAGGUGGCUUGUCUUACCUUUACACCACCUUACCUCACCUUUUCUGUGUCCAACUUAGAGGUGUUUUAUUCUCAGUGCCAACAAAAACAAAAAAGACUCAAAAGUCCUGGCAGCUUUUUGUGAAUCCAACUGACUUAGACAAAGGGAUGCCAAAAUUGUGU